UUCUUUGUUUAUUUUCUAAAUGCCAUAUAAUAUUUUAGUUUAGUUCUCUUUCUCAUUUGCUUCUCUAGGGGGAUUGAAGCUAUCUGGGGUGUGACUACCAUCUAAAGGGAGAAAAAUGACAGAAACAAAAGCAACUACACCCUUGAUACCACCCUCAUCACAGAAGCUACCAGAUUACAACAAAUCAGUUAAGUUGAAAUAUGUUAAACUUGGUUACCAUUACCUAAUUACACAUGGAAUGUACCUCUUAUUAACUCCUCUAGUGGCUAUUGUUGUUGCUCACAUGUCAACACUUACUCCUCAUGAUCUUUCUGAAUUGUGGGAUAAUCUUCAAUACAAUCUUAUCUCAGUGAUUUCAUGUUCCACAUUAAUAGUAUUUGUAUCAACAAUCUACUUCUUAACCCGUCCUCGCCCUGUAUACCUCGUGGAUUUCAACUGCUACAAGCCUAGUGAAGCUCAUAAAUGCACAAUGCAGACUUUUAUGGACCAGUCUAGAUUAACUGGUGCGUUUUCGGAGGAGAAUCUUGAGUUCCAACAUAGAAUCCUUCAACGAUCAGGCCUCGGGGAUAACACUUACUUUCCCGGGGCUUUACUCAAUAUACCUCCAAAUCCAUCAUUGAAAGAAGCUAGAAAAGAAGCAGAGACAGUUAUGUUUGGUGCUAUUGAUGGUCUAUUGGCAAAAACGAACGUGAAAACGAAGGACAUUGGAAUCUUGAUUGUAAAUUGCAGCCUGUUUAAUCCGACCCCGUCCUUGUCUGCUAUGAUCAUUAACCAUUACAAGCUUAGAGGGAAUAUAGCUAGCUAUAAUUUAGGUGGGAUGGGGUGCAGUGCUGGUGUAAUAUCAAUUGAUCUUGCUAAGAAACUACUUCAAGUACAUCCAAAUACAUACGCGUUGAUCGUUAGCACAGAGAAUAUAACACUCAAUUGGUAUCUUGGAAAUGAUAGAUCAAAGUUAGUGUCAAAUUGUUUGUUUAGAAUGGGAGGUGCAGCAAUACUACUUUCAAAUAAAUGGACAGAGAGAAGAAGAUCAAAGUACCAACUUUUGCAUGCUGUUCGUACGAACAAAGGUGCAGACGAUAAGUGCUUCGCUUCUGUGACUCAAGAAGAGGAUGCUAAUGGAAAACUAGGCGUUUCCUUAUCGAAAGAACUAAUGGCAGUGGCUGGAGAUGCACUGAAAACUAAUAUUACUACCCUUGGACCCCUUGUGUUACCAAUAUCAGAACAAUUGCUUUUCUUUGCUACACUAGUUGGGAGAAAGCUUUUCAAAAUGAAACUCAAGCCUUAUAUUCCGGAUUUUAAACUAGCGUUCGAGCAUUUCUGCAUUCAUGCUGGUGGAAGAGCUGUGUUAGAUGAAAUAGAGAAGAAUUUGCAUCUUAGUGAAUGGCACUUAGAACCAUCAAGAAUGACAUUGUAUCGUUUUGGCAACACGUCGAGCAGCUCUCUAUGGUACGAGUUAGCUUAUACAGAAGCUAAGGGAAGAGUAAGGAGAGGUGAAAGAGUGUGGCAGAUAGGUUUUGGUUCAGGAUUUAAGUGUAAUAGUGCUGUUUGGAAGGCAUUGAGAAAUAUAAAACCAGCAAAGGAAGUGAUCAACCCUUGGAUUGAUGAGAUAGAAAAGUUUCCUGUGGAUGUUCCAAAGGUAGCAAACUUUUGAAUACCAAAUGUCGAUCAGCAAGCAGAGGCGAAUCCAGAAUUUAAAGGUAGUUGGUACACCUAGAUAUUUUUCAAAAAUUUCUCUAAAAUUUUCUAUACACACACAUACAUAUAGUGUAAGUUCGACUCAGUGGGUGCACGUGCACACACUGUGCGCGUAUAUGCUGAAUUAGCCUCUGUUGGCAGUUGUUUCUUUUGAUUUUCUGGGGAAAGUUUGUUAGCUUUGCCAUAGGAAUGGCAUUGUAAAUUUUUUUAUUUCUUACUCUAUGGGUUUUUAUCAGUAGUGGUGAAUCUAGAAGUAAACUACAAGCAAGGACAUUUUGUUAGUUGUCUAUACAAGAAUUUUGUUGUCUUUUGGAUGUUAUUAAUUGUACAAGAAUUCAAUCAACUAUUAUUGGAAGCUUAUUUGGUUGUGAA